CUGCAAAAUGUUUGCAGAAAAGACAUUAAUAAAUCCUGAUUGGGCAGAAUCUAAUCUCAGUUUCAAUCUCAUUUUAAGCAAAGCUGAAAUCAUGACAAUGCAAACAUAUUAUGGUUUAACAAUUUGUUGCAGUAUCAAUACUGCAUUAGAUGAGAUGGUGAAAUCUAUAUGGGCAAUUUAUUUCAACAAAUUGUCGACACAUGCAAAUUCUGAGCAUGGCCUUUCCGUACACAUGAUGAUUCUGGGUGUGGCUACAAUAAAGCCAUAUGAAUUGAAACGCUUAGUCUCAGAAAAGAAGUAUAGUGAAAGACGGCUAGAUGUUUUAUCUGCCUUAGUUUUAGCAGAAAAGUCAUUAAAUGGUCCAGGCACAAAAGAAAGGCGAUUGAUUACAUAUCUUGCUAUGUCACUUGGUGUGCAAAUGAAGUCAUUUAAGGAAGAUGAAGUAGUGAGCUUUGCUGGUGUGAUGAAAGAAUUAGAUUUUAUAUGUGAUCUUAGACAAAAAAUUAAAGAGGCUUGUGACUGCAGUUUUAUGUAUUGGCAUCAUAUUGUGUUUCCUACCUAUAUAGCUGAGAUUUAUGAAACUGGAGUUGAUAUUCACCGAAUCAAAUACAUGAUCUCUGCUCUCCAUGAUUGUAUUGCUCCAAUCCUGUCUUCUCAUCAUGAAUCAUCAGCUCUAAUUUUGUUAAAUGCAUUUCAGAAAGAAACGUAUUUGACUAUCAAAAAGCAUUUGCUUGAUCCUUUAUGCAAUGAUAUUGAAACUGAACUUCGUCUUCACUGUCAUUAUCAUCUUCAACUAGAUGACAGAAAUCCACUUAAAAUUGGUCUAAAGGACUUCUCUCAUUUGCUUAAUAUAUCUUCUUUCAGGCUCUUUGAUCAGUUUAUCAAUGUAAAAUCAUAUGUGGAGCAUUAUUUAGAAAAAGUAUUUUAUAACCUAACAACUGUGGCUUUACAUGAUUGGAAAACGUAUGGAGAAAUGAGAAGUUUAGCUAAACAUAACUAUGGCCUUAUAACAGUUGAAGCUUAUUUACCUAGUCAGACUCUAGAACAGGGUCUGGAUGUGCUUGAAAUAAUGCGGAAUAUUCACCUGUUUGUGUCAAAUUACCUGUACAAUUUAAAUAAUCAGAUAUUUGUUGAACGAUCAAGCAACAAUAAACACUUGAAUACAAUUAAUAUUCGUCACAUUGCUAAUUCAAUAAGAACACAUGGAAUUGGUGUUAUGAAUACCACAGUGAACUUUGUGUAUCAGUUUCUAAGAAAAAAGUUCCAGAUAUUUUCUCAGUUUUUGUAUGAUGAGCAUAUUAAAUCGAGGCUAAUAAAGGAUCUUCGUUACUUCAAAGAAAAUAAAGUUCAGAAUGGGCAAAAGUAUCCAUUUGACAGAGCAGAGAAAUUUAAUAGAGGUAUACGAAAACUUGGAGUGACUAAUGAUGGACAGAGUUACCUGGACCAAUUCCGACUGUUGAUUACUCAGAUAGGAAAUGCUAUGGGCUUUGUUAGAAUGAUACGUUCUGGGGGCAUACACUGUACCAGUAAUGCCAUAAGAUUUAUCCCAGAUCUUGAUGACAUAAUUUGUUUUGAAGAUUUAUGUAAAGAUGAAAAACUUUCUGAUGCCACAAUUUCAGGAGCUGUUAAACUUGAUUCAGUAAUUAGCAAUCUGAAUAAGAACUUUUCUGAAGGUACAGAAUAUUUCAAGCUACUUGUUGAUGCCUUUGCUCCAGCUUUUCGCGACCCUAAAAAUGGUCACAUGAAAAACUUUUUUGUUAUUGUUCCACCUUUGACUUUAAACUUUGUGGAGCAGUCUAUAUCUAGCAAAGAUAAGAUUUCAAGAAAAAAUAAAUUAGGAGCUGCCUUUACAGAUGAUGGCUUUGCUAUGGGAGUUGCCUACAUAUUGAAGCUUUUAAAUCUGUAUCAAGAUUUUGAUUCCCUUCAUUGGUUUCAGUCUGUUAAAGAAAAAUACUCAAAAGACAGAGCAGAUAAUAUGAAACAGAAAACUGCUGCUAUUGGUAGGGAUGAUAUGAAAUUACUGGAAACUAUGGAUUUAACGAGUAGACGAUUAGAAAUCUAUCAGCAAGAAUUUGAUUUGUUAAAUUAUUCUUUGAGCAGUGCUCGCAUAUUUUUCCGCGCUGAUUUGACUGCAGAGGAAGAAAAAGAAUCAAAGAAAGGUACAUGAUACUUCUGAAGAAUGUUCAUUAUAUGUGACACCUUGAUUUGUGGGAAUAUUAACAUUCUUUCUGCAGUGAUUAAUUACUUCUGAAAUUAUAUGAAAAGAACUGAUGUGCUGUCAGAAAAAGAUGACAAUAAUUAACAUAAAAUGACGUGUCUGUAUAUCAUUUUAGCAACAUUUUCUGGCCAUUAUGCAAUGCACUGAAUAAAUUCUGUGAUGUGAUAUAAAGAUGGACAACAUGGCAUCAGUAAUCACUAUUUUCUAAAGACUUUCAUUAAUCGAAAUCGUGCAGUAUGUUACCAUAAAAGUAACCUAAUAAGAAAUUGUUUUCCUACUUUGGUUCAAAGCAAUUACAAACAAAAGUAAUUGUACAGAUAAAAUUGUAUAGAAUAUUUUGUAUAAUAAAUAUUUUUUGAUCUA